AUGGCAGAAAACGACCGGAACAGCAUCCCCCCAGCCCCAGCCUACUUCCCCACAUCCGCCGACUCCCCCCUCCACCCCCCAACCGCCCUCUACACUACUCUCCGCGACCUCCCCUCCACCUCCCUAAUAAAGACCCAGGAUUUCACCAUCCCACCCCGCAGCGGAAAAGCUUGGACCGUACCCGCAGGCGCACUAUUCCGUCUCUCCACGCCCGAAGGCCCCCAAGUCGGCGAUUUAAACGUGUGGAACCAGCAUGAUCCCCGAGAGCGCUUCUGGGCAUCUAGGACGAGGCAGUUGCAGGGGAGUCAUGUGGUGCAGGGGGAUAGGCUGUGGAGUUGCCUCCCGUUUAUGAGGCCAAUGUGUGGGCUUGUGGAGGAUGGGUGUGAGAUUAGGGAUUCUGGGGGUAAGGGGACGGGAAAGGGGAGGGAGAGCAGCAGGGAUGAGAGGGGUGGGGUUACGCAGUGGGGUGGACGGUGUAAUGAUCUGCUGGGGACGAGGUGUGAUCCUUAUGUUUCUAACAUGCUGACAUCCUCAUCCUACGAUUACCACUGCCACUCCAACCUCGUCCGUUCCAUCUUGCCAUAUGGUCUGACGGAAUUCGAUGUUCACGACGUACUCAACGUAUUCCAGGUCACGGGUCUAGAUUCCCAAGGCCGCUACUUCAUGGAAGCUAGUCCUGCGACCAAGGAUAGCUUUCUCACCUUCUUCGCCGAGUUGGACUUGUUAUGUGCGCUGAGUACAUGCCCAGGUGGUGACCUAAGCCGGUGGGGCUGGACGCAGGCGGAAGAGGGAAAAGAGAAGAAAGAGGGAGAUAAUGAUGAGGGGAUGAAGAGUACGUGCCGACCUAUUCGGGUAGAGGUUUAUGAGAUCAAGGAGGAAGUCAAAGGGGAGGUGUUGAAGGGGUGGAAGAAGCCGGAGAAGAGUGGAUAUAGGGGAAUGCAUGGGAUGCGUAUUCCUGAGGGCGAGGCCUAG